AGCGCCCCGGGAGUGAGAGACGCCUCCUGGCGGGAGCUGGCGGCAGCGGGGAAUCUAAGGCCGGCGGAGCGACCGGGGAAACUGGGGGGAGGGCGGCGGCGGGCCUGUAUCUUUAAGGUGCCCGAGGCUCGCGGGCGCUGCGCUGAGGGACGGCGCGGAGGCGCGACCUGCCUCCCUCGCACAGCCCCGCGGCUCGCCCAGCGCUCGGCCGACCUGCGGGGGAACGAGGGCCAGGCGGCCUCGCGGCGCCGCGCCGCACGCUUCCUGGGAGUUGAUUAUCUCUGAAGAAACAUGAAGACACACUGUGUUGUUAUGCUUACUCUAGCCAUCCUGGUGUUCCUGACAUGGGUCCCUGUGUCACUGAGUUGUAACAAAGCACUCUGUGCUAGUGAUGUGAGCAAAUGCCUUAUUCAGGAGCUCUGCCAGUGCCGACCUGGAGAAGGAAAUUGUUCCUGCUGCAAGGAGUGUAUGUUGUGUCUUGGGACCCUUUGGGAUGAGUGCUGUGAUUGCGUUGGUAUGUGUAAUCCUCGAAACUAUAGUGACACACCUCCGACCUCAAAGAGCACCGUGGAAGAGCUUCAUGAGCCAAUCCCCUCUCUCUUCCGGGCACUCACAGAAGGAGACACUCAGUUGAACUGGAACAUUGUUUCCUUCCCUGUUGCCGAAGAACUCUCACAUCAUGAAAAUCUGGUUUCAUUUUUAGAAACUGUGAACCAGCCGCACCAUCAAAAUGUGUCUGUUCCUAGCAAUAAUGUUCAUGCACCUUAUUCCAGUGACAAAGAACACAUGUGUACUGUGGUUUAUUUUGAUGACUGCAUGUCCAUACAUCAGUGUAAAAUAUCCUGUGAGUCCAUGGGAGCGUCCAAAUACCGCUGGUUCCAUAAUGCCUGCUGUGAGUGCAUUGGUCCAGAGUGCAUCGACUAUGGUAGUAAAACUGUCAAAUGUAUGAACUGCAUGUUUUAAAGAAGGAGAAGAAUGCAAAACAAAGCAAUUUAGUCAACAAGAAAGAUAUAAAAAGCUAUUUGGUGAGGUCUGCUGGUUGCACCAUAAUGCCAGCAGGUUAAGAAGAUAUAAAGAAUUUGGACUGAGUUAAAGUAUGACAAAGGCAGUAAUGUGUUAAAUUAUAAGUAUAAAUGCUCUGGUUGAUUUUGUAGCCCACUGGCAAUAAGCCCCUUCCUCUAUGUACAUUUACAACUUCGGUCAUAUGAGAAGCAAGUACACAGAGAAUUCCUUGAAAGAUCUGCAGUCUCUGACAUAAAGCCUGAUGUCAGUUUUUUCUAGCAUUCCACAAGCCUUUGGUUUUUAAAGUGUUAGAGUACAUUAACAUAAGUUAUGAUUUCUUCAUUUACUAUUCGUGGGACGCUGAAUUUUUCCAGUUGUACACUAGAUUUCAUUCACUGUGCCUUGUCUCGUUUAUCUCUUCUGUAAAUAGGGUAGUAUUCAAAUAUAUCGCCCUGAUAUCUCACAUAAAAAUCACUGUUAAAAGCUUAAUUUCAAACCUUGUAAUGUUGGUUUUAGAAAGUAAAUGCUUACUACCUUUUACAGUUUAAAACUUUUACAUAGUAGAAUCCAUCCUGUACUACACAUGCUGACAGAACUUUGGGGAAAGUUUCUCUUUCUCCUACACCCCCCUGCCCGAAGUACUGACGUAGGUAGUGAUGAAGAAUUUUGAACAAGAAUUUCAAGGCAAACCUAUAUCACUGCAUUAAAUAUUCUGCUAGGUUAAUAAUGAGAAAGUUAAAGCAUUUCUCUGACUUAAGGUACCAGCUUAAAGACCAGUAGGAAUGGAAAAUGCCUGCCAAAUCAGACUCUACAUAGAGCACCAGGGAAACAGCUUGUCCCAAUGUACAGAGAUGGCAAGGCUGAAAGGAGAAACUGUGCUCAGCUGGGUAGAGAGAAUGAGCCCACUCAGCCUUAGCAUGGGCGGAGUCAUGUUCGACAACCAUGAGUGAUAGGAGGGGAUAAAGAAUCAACUCAUGGGUAUGAGCAGGGAAGGUUGAAAAUGCUGGCAAUUCUUAUGGGAAACAAACCUAAAACUAUUUACAUUAAUUAUUUUGUUAUAUUGUAAUCUUUCCUUUAGGUUUCUGUCUGGAUUGAAUGUUCUUAUUAAACAAGUAUAAUCAUACAGUGGGAGGUUAAGAUUAUGGAAUGAAAAAGAUCUGUUCAAGUUGAUGUUAACUUCAAAUACAUUAUAGCCUAUUUUGUUUUACAUGUUUCAAUAAUAAUAAGCUUAAAUACUAUGUACCCUUCAUCAUAAUAUAAUCCCAGUCUUCAAGCAUGAAUCUAAAACAUAAAUAUUUAUUUUACGGAGACUCUUAACUUUACAAAAUUAUUAAUUUCUUCAGUACAUUAUGAAUUACAAGUAACUUGUAGGAAUAUCUUUUUAUAUGUCUAAAUAUUUUAGUACAUAAAAAUAGAUAAUGCUCUUAGACUUUGUAUUCAUUAUAUAAACAGUAGUUAGUUAUAAGAUCACAUGUAAUAUCGUGAUUAACUGUCAUAAAAUCUAAAGCCUUAAUACCUUUUCUGUUCUUUCAGUCAGCUCUAAUGAAUACUAAAGGUCCUUUAGCCUUUUCAAAAACUUUUGGCCUUUUAAAAAAAAGCUACAAUUUAGCUCUUGUAUGUAUUUUUUUUAAUUGGAAAACAUUGGGAUAUCUUUUUCUUCCUUUUAUCUAGAAUGCCUCUGUUUAAAAGUGCCUUGAAAACAUUUAGCUCCCCUUCCUCAUUAAUGCCUAUAAAGCUAGAGGUUUUCUUAAAACCUUUUAAACUUAAAAAAAAGAAAGUUGUAAAAGAAUCUGCAUCCAGCUUCAUUUCCACUUUACUAUUCUUCAAAGUAAUUUCAUACCUAUGAAUAAAGAAAUCAUUUUGUGUUUAUUGACAGCAUGCUUAAUGUUGUCUUAAAUAUGUAAACAAACGUUUUUUAACUGCAUUUAUCACCUUGAUUAGGCUUUCAUUAUUAAAUUUUUAAGUGUGAUAGCUCUUCUGCCCCUGUGCUGGGAGGGUAAUUUCUUGAACCAUGUUGUAUUUGACCUGGUUUUCCUUACAUCUUUUUCUCCCAAUGGAAAUUACCCCUAAAUAUAAUGGUAAAUUUUAUAUUCAAUUUUGCUUAGUUUUUGUGGUUUAUGAUGGGGUUGUAAGACAAAGUUCACCUAAAAAAUUCAAUUUCCAGUUUAUAAUGUAUUUCAGGUUUUGAAUAACAAUGUUUUCCAAAUUAAAAAUAAAAAAUUUGGGAAAUCAGUAGCCCCACUAAAAUUUAGACCUUUUAUUACCAUUCUAAGUACAAUUCACUUCUAUAUUGAAGCUCUGGUAAAAAAACAAAAAACAAAAAACAAACACCUUUUUUAAUCAAAAAUUAGGUUGUUAACUUUUUUUGUAACUAGAUAAAAAAUAAAAAACUAAAUCAGUAGGUAUUAUAAAAGCCAUAUAUUAAAGGUUCUUUCCUAGAGUAAGACAUACACCUCCUAAUUAGUUUUUUUGUCCCUCCCCACCUCCAUUAGCAUCUAAUUAUUGCACAAAUUGUAUUCAAAAUAGUGGCACCAAAUCAAAUGAUAAUUCAAAUAAAGUAAGUCUUUGUUUACAUAGAAUGCUAUAAAGAGAGCCGUUCAUUUAGAAAAACUUUCUAAAGAUUCAGAAAACAAAAUUGAUAAGAUAUUAGAAUAUUUGAACAAUUAUUUAUAAAGCAGAGUAGCAUCAAAAGAGAGAAAAGAAACUAAGACUUGUGAAAAAUGAGGUAAAUAUAAAUAAGCCACGUAUUUAAAGUUUGUUUUUGUGAAAGCUUCUUUGAAGAUUUUUUAAAAUCUAUUCUACAUUCCCCAGAGUAUAUGUUAAUUGUAUUUCACAUGAUUGACAACAUACAGAAUUAUGUAUUUUUCUUUGGUUGUCCCUAUAAGCAAAAGAGUAUUUUAAUAAAAAAUUGAAAUGAGUGUGUCAUGCUUUUUGUUAACUUCAGAAUAGAAACACCAGAAUAAGUUUGACAUUUCUGUCUAGUGAUGUUAUAGUUUAAAGGAAGCAUGUCCUCUUCUCUCUGGAUAUCCCUGCAGAUUGUGUUGAAACAAAGGCUCUUUAACAUUAGUUUGCUCUCUGCUUUUUCAUGUACUUUAUUCCAAUAAAGGGGAAAAUUUGAAAUGAAAUACUUAACAUUUUCCUUGUUCUGCGAGCCUCAGGAGAACAAUCUGAUGGUUGGAAGGAGUUACAGGAAGGUCAAGGUAGGAAAAUCACUCCUCGCACUUUCCGAAAGCCUAGUGGACAGGAGGAUCUAGAGAGGGAAAAAUUCAAGAGGACAGGUUGCCAGCCUGAGUGACUUAACGGAAUGAGAGAUCUAAGGAAUUUGGGGGGUAGAAU